AUGCCUCCAGGAAAGGGUAGCCGUGUUGCCGAAGAAUAUCUACGUCAAAAGGCCGCCAAGCUCGAAGAGCGAAUGCGCUCACUCGAAGACGCUCUUGCAAUCCUGCAGGUCAAUACUUCCACUCAGCCACACCCAUUGCUGACCAAAAUAUGGACAACUGAAGAGGCUGAUAGCGGGAGCAGUGUCGACGCCACAUCUACGUCGGCACAUAGUCUGAUAAAUACCCUAGGCUCCUUGCACCUUGAUGGCAAUCCACAAACCGAUGCUGCUUGUUUCUUCGGACCUUCCGGAGGUUCUGAGCACAUCAUUGGCCAUCUCAUCCCGUUGAUAUACCGAACGGAGCUACAUUCAUUGGAGCCGCCACCUUAUGGUUCACACGACCUGGCCUUGCUAUUCAGUACACUAGCGCUCGGAGCUUUGGUUGAUCCCACCCUUCCCCCGUAUAAUGCCAAAGCUCAUCACUAUCAAAGAGUGGCGCGCGCUGCCUUGUGUUUGCAAUCUGUAUUCACGGAGCAGUCUAUGGCUACAAUUAAGUCAUUGCAUCUUAUGAGUAUGUACUACGGCAUGAGUGGCAUCGAGAGCAACACAGAGCUUUGUUACUCCUGUCUCAACCUUGCUAGUCAAGCCGCACUCCAGAUUGGGUUCCAUAAGGAUCCUUCACGAUGGGGUUUUAAGGGGAGAGAAGCCUAUGAACACCGUUCAUAUUUCUGGGCUCUCAAUCUCAAUCUCUCUGGCAAAGCCUGA